GGUCUUUCUCGACUUUUCUCUCUGCUUGGCAUGUCUUUGAUGUUCAUUGGCCACAGUCAUCAUUCACAAGACUUUCCACGCCCGCCUCAGGGAAAAUGGAGUGUGCUGCGGCUAGGAUGUGCGGUAUGCUUGCGUAGCACUCAAUGCACUGCACACGGUACGAGCAAGAGGACGGCUGAGCCCACGCCGAUGCCAUGCGGCAACCGACUUGAUGUCCCGUGCCCUCCUCCACCCAUUCUUCUCGUCAAGCCAUUCAUCCUUCGUUACACUGAGGUCGGCCCACCACCACCACCACCACCACCACCGCUACCACCAUCUCCUACGCGUGUAUCAUCGGGUCUGUUGCUCGCUCCUUGUUAGGCUCCUUCACAAUCUACCUAGGUAGGCA